AAUUACUUUAGUCUUUAGGGGUGCUGCUGCAAGUGACUAGAAAAUGAAUGUUCCUUCCGGUGGCUGAAAAAAAGUGGGAAUGGCGGAGGGGGCAUCGUGGUCGUGCGUCUUCUGUCAAAUCGCCCGCUCUUCCACCUCUACAACUCUCCUCCACACCGAUGAGAAAGUUGUUGCUUUUCAAGACAUCAACCCUUCUGCAUUCAGGCAUUACUUGGUAAUUCCUGUAGAGCACAUUUCAACUGUCCGAGACCUCAAGAGGAGAACUGAAGACUUCUCUUUGGUAAGUCACAUGUUAAGUGUGGGGCAAACUCUACUGCACAGAGAUGCACCUCAGUCCAAUCAGUAUAGAUUUGGCUUUCAUCGACCUCCUUUCAACAGUGUUAACCAUCUCCACCUUCACUGUUUGGCACUGCCAUUUACACCCAGAUGGAAACAUGUAAAAUACUUGCCUUUGGGACCGCUCGGUGGAUUUAUCGAAGCUGAGAAACUUUUGGAGAGGAUAAAGCCAUUGGCAGCUAUCUCAUCUUAAGCGUGAUUUUAUCCAAUACUCGGUCGUUGGACUCUAUUAGAUAUCAUUUGUUGAUUGUAACUUAUAUAUAAUCACUAUGGUAAUAUAUGCAAAUGCUUUUGUUAAA